AUGCUACAGGCCGCGCCGUACAUGAACCGCCCCCUGCCAAUCAUGAUCCCCAUCUACAAGUGGUGGGAGGUGCCCUACAUGUGGAUAGGCGCGAAGGUGUAUGACUGGAUAGCGGGCGCCAAGCUAGUGGUGCCGCCGUCGCACUACAUGAGCCGGGAAGAGGCCAUAUACACCUUCCCCAAGCUUAGAGAAAAGGGGUUGAAGGGUGCAAUCAUCUACUACGACGGUCAGAUGAACGAUGCCCGAUUGAGCCUUGUCGUGGCGCUGACUGCGACGCAGCAGGGCGCGUGCAUCGCCAACAGAGUCAAGGUCACGGGGCUUGUCAAGGAUGAGAACGGCCAGACGAAGGGGGCGACGGUGCAGGACACGAUAACGGGGGAGAAGUGGGAGGUGGCAGCGAAGGCCGUCAUCAACGCGACCGGCUGCUUCUGCGACGCGAUACGGAAAAUGGACAAUCCAGAGGCGAAAAACCUGGUGAUGCCGGCAGCGGGCGUCCACAUAAUGCUCCCGGCGCACUUCAGCCCGGCCAGGAUGGGUCUGAUCGUGCCCAAGACCUCGGACGGGAGGGUGCUGUUUUUCCUGCCGUGGGAAGGAGCGACGAUUGUGGGCACUACGGACUCACAGUCGGCGCUGACGAUGACGCCCAAGCCCACGGACGAGGAGGUGAACUUCAUCAUACAGGAGAGCAAUCGCUACCUGUCGAACCGCGUGCACCGCUCCGACGUCAUCGCGGCGUGGUCCGGCAUCAGACCGCUCGUCAGAGACCCCAAGCUCAUGGACGAGGAGGGGACCAAGGCUCUGUCCCGCAACCACGUGAUCGAAGUGAGCGACUCCAAGCUGGUGACCAUCACGGGAGGAAAGUGGACGACCUUCAGGCGGAUGGCGGAGGACACGAUCAACGCCACUCAAGAGUCCAUCCCGGACCUGGACGAGGAGAACGCCGUGUCCACCGAGGCCGUCACGGCUCUCGGAUCGCUCAUCGGGGCCGACCGCGCGGGGGUAGUGUGCGCCAGAAAGUUCGACGAGAUCAACGUGAUCCUCCGAGAGGAGUACUCCCUCUCCAACGACGUGGCCAAGCACCUUGUCAGCAACUACGGCACCAGGGCCCUUCAGAUCGCCGAGAUCGUGAAGCGCAACAAGGGCUACGCGCACUCCACAGCGGCGGCCCGGUGCCUGGCCAUCAAGUACCCCUUCUUGGAGGCGGAGGUUGUCUUCGCUGUCGAGCAGGAGUACGCCCUGAAGGCCGUCGACGUCCUCGCGAGACGCACCCGCCUGGCGUACAUCGACAGCAAGGCGGCCUUGGAAGCUGCGCCCAGAGUGAUCGAGAUCAUGUCCGGGCUUCUGGGGUGGUCCAGAUCAAGGCGUAGGCAGGAGAUGCAAGAGGUAGAGCAGUUUUUGGAGACGAUGAGCCCCGCCGCCGGUGCCGGCAAGUCUGGCCGCCGCAAGCAUUGAUUCCGUUGGUCAUCGUGAGGCAUGGCAUGGCAUUCCCAACGUAGAUAGGGCCGAGCGGCAGCGCGAAGGCCCGGCAUGAACGUGGUGUGGUGAAGGACGUCUUGUCGUUGCGGCGAGAUACGCCGCACGUUGUGGCGCGGAAGCAGUGGAGGCGUAUUGUGUCAUCACCGGGGGGGGGGAGUAGACGGGGAAAGGGCGAGAACCCCCGUAAGUUGGUUGUAGGAAGGAGAAACAAAAAAAUCGAGAGAGCGACGGGCCGAGCGUAAUUCCUUACCUCAGGUCGUACGUUCUUCUCGGGACGUCGUGUUCGUGUGUGUUGUCUGUCGUUUGUUUUUUCGUCCCAUUUUUUCUGGUGCCAGCGUACACGCUUCGCUACAUGUUUGACGUACGGUAUCGGCCGAGGUCGCACACCGGGAGGAGGUAACACCGGAACAGUCGUUCUUGCGUUUUUGUUGUUGUAUCCCACCUUUCCCUUUCCCCCUGAUUGGGUCUGUUCGGUUUUUGACGCAACAAGGGUUCAGCAGGCCCCUCUCCUCUUCUCGUUGAUGGAACAACGUCGCUUUCUACCUUACAGAGAGAGUUCCAAGUUGUCCACUCCCGGAGAUAGAUUCGAUCCCACAUCCUGCUGCUAGUACAUGAGCUUUCGAGGUUACCCACUAAUUGGACAGCCGGGGCGACCGGCCUCGUCAAAAACAGAAGAACACCGAACACGGCAACACGGAAGGGUUGGCAUAUCCAGAGGUCGCGGGGAAUGAUGUGUGUCGGCCUUGCUCGGGAAUGGACAUCGGCGUUGCUUCGAGUUCAGAUAGACGAGAGGGCGGGCAGGGGUUGUAGGAGUUUGCCCGCACGGCAUGCACACACUGGGGGGUGGACACGUGCAGUUUUCUUCUGUUGCUACCGCUGUUUCUGUCUUGAAUCCGGAGAAUAGAUUAGCCUCCCCCCUCACGGGGUCCCGGCUCGUGGUGGCCUUUGGAAGCGUGUCGUGUUUUCAAGCACACUGAGACUGACGU